AUGCUGUCGGGUAACUACGAGCCAAAUACGCUCACAAACCUCUGCACUCGUGCAAUCGCUCUACAGUUAUUCAAGCUAUUUUCAACGCAUGUAUUUUGUUAUCUGAUUCAGGUGAAUAUCCGUUGGCGGCGUAUCAGUGAUGUGGCCUACUCACUUCGCGACUUUCUCGAUCAUUUGCGACUUCCACCUAAGGCCAAGAAGGGCAUUAGAAACUCUCUGGCCGAGGUAUUGCGAGAGAUGAAACGAUGGGACGAGAAACAUGCCGAGAUGUUUAUCGACGAGCCAAAGAGCAGACGACGUGUUAUGAGAAAAAGCGAGCACCUUCGUACUUUCUAUGAACAUCUCGUCUGGAAAAAUUCUGCAAUUCAAGUGGAUGAUCUAGCAUCAGCGCAACAUCUUAUCGCAACAGAAUGUUCGAAUUGGCCUCAAAUGCAGUUUCAGUUGGCAUGUAUGUAUGCAAUAACAGAUCUGAUCGAAGAUGAUAUACGAUUUGAUAAGUAUCGCCGGAUUACCUUCAAAAAGCAGCUCUCCGACCAUCCAGUCUAUGAUUUUUGGCUAACACUACUUGAAAGUAACUGGGAAAUCUUCUUUGAUACUGAAACCCGCGUGCCAAAUCAAAAACUGACGCUGUGCUUUCAAUUCGCUAUCCGUCAUGGCUACUGUCAACUGGUGGAGUAUAUUUGGGAGAAAAUUGGUGACAAUACAAAGGAAUAUAUUGGCCUUCUACAAUGGCGGUCGAUGUGUUUCCGGGCUCGCGAUCGUGAUACCAUGCAGUUUCUUUGUACUCGUCUGUGCCUGAUGAACCCAGUUGGUGUAGCUCGGAUAUCGUGGACCGCCUUCUUCGACACUUUUUACAACUCCAUCAAUCAACGAACAAAGCGACAUUUUGGUGGAGAACAAAUUUCGAAAACGACUCCAGUUCCUUCUAGAAAACUGCUGCCCAGAGCUGAGAAAACGAUUACUAAGAAUGGAAAAUUUCCGAGAUUUUCUCACCCAAUCACUGACUGUUUCAGAAUUGUGUCAGACGCAUUUCGGUACAAUCAACAUGAGACGUUCGCAUUUUUGCUGGAGCAUAUGGAUGGUGACCAGCUAAGAAAUGCUAGAGAAGUCAUGAUCGAAUCCAAGGCCAACCGUGAAAAACAUUGA